UUCUGCAGAACCUGAAAAGAUCGUCUUGGACAUACACAGACCAGAAGAUGUUGUUCAAGAUUUUAACUCUCGUUGUUCUCGUCUCUUACAUCACCUACAACACAGCGCAAGAGGCUGUUGUUGGCCCAGCCGCCGGUGGUACUGCUGAUGACAAAGUUACUGAUGCUCCAUCUGUCAAUGCUACUAACCCUAACGUUGACAACCAAAGUGCUGGGAACAAAACUGCAGCUGAUAAGAAUGACGAAAAGGAUGGUGAUAAGAAAAAUGGCAAAGGAGGAAAGAACUGGGGAAAGCAUAAGGGAAAAGGCGAGGGCGACAAAGGCAAACAUGGCGGCAAAGGAGAAAAAGGGGGUAAAGACGGCAAAGGAGGCAAAGGAUGCAAGGGAAAUAAGCAUGGAUCAGGAGAGAAAAAAGAGGCUAACACUGCCAAUCAACGUUCUGCGCGUUCCAGCGUUGGAAACGGAGGCCCCAAGACUGGCCCACCACCACCUGGCCAGGUUGGGCCAACUGGAAACACUGUAAAGCGUUCCCCUCAGGAUCCCCAGGAAACCGUGGAUGGGUCAGCCGCGACCAGACCACCCCGGGCCUCUCCCCCACCAAACCCUGCACCAUAAGAAAAGAUUCUUAAAGGAAAGUCCUAAAUUAGAAGAAAUUAAAAAGCAAUAAAAAGUGAAAACUCUAAAUUACAACUUUGAAACCAUUUUGAAUAUACCUUUCUAAUUCAGAACCAAUAAAUCGUUUGUGCAAUCUUA